AUGGCCCUUUCUAGAAAGCUGUCGCGGCCGCUUUUUAUACCACCUGCAUUGCAUAGCCGACUUAUACAAAACAUCAUUUUGUUCGCUUUUUGUCUUGUACUAGUCUCUGUCCUUCUUUUCAACUUCAGAGAACAAGAGAAGGCCCCGACGUUGCCCUACCAAAUAUACCCACAGACCAACGACUCUACCCACCAUACCGUGUCCGAAUUCCUCCCCACGUCUGCACACCCAGAGACAGACUCUGUUCGCGAGCUUUGCAAAUCAUUCCCUAAGCAUGUCCUGUCUCGGAUACAGCCAGUGCUCAAGACGGGCCAUGGCGACGAUAAGGAAAGGCUGAACGCCCAGAUGGACAGCACUAGUGCCUGCUUUACCCCAGAAGAACUGAUCGUCUUCUCCGACCUCGACGAAGACAUCCGGGAUCAUCAUGCCAUCGACGUUCUAGCCCAUCUACCAAGCUCUCACUAUAAUGCCACGGCUUUCAGAAUGUGGGAAGAGUAUCUUGCCCAGAAAGAAAUGCAGAGUAAUGGUACAUUAGAUACUGGAGCACAAGGGAAGCACAUCAACGGAUGGGCGCUUGACAAGUUCAAGUUCUUACCGAUGAUGGAAAGAGCUUGGGCCAUGAAACCUGACAGGGACUUUUAUGUCUUCUAUGAGACAGACACGUAUAUCUUUUGGGACAAUCUCUUCCGGUUUCUUCAAAUAUACGAUCCAGAUGCAAAUAUCUACAUGGGCUCCCCAUCCCCUGGACGCCGUGAUCCAGAACGGGGAGACCAAGGCACAUUGUUUGCUAACGGAGGCCCUGGAUAUGUCAUCAGCCGAGGAGCUAUGAAAACUCUGUUGCGGCGCACCACCGGCUCACAUGGGCAAUAUAUCGACGACCCGCUCUCUGUGAGAUUUAGCUACCUGAACCACGAUGACGAGUGCUGUGGUGACAGCGUUCUGGGAUGGGUGCUAUGGGAGCUUGGCAUCCCUAUGCAUGGUCACUGGCCCAUGUUCAGCGACUAUGGCCUCCAUGAUAUUCCUUUCAAUAGUCAGCACUGGUGCCAGCCACUUAUCACUCUGCACAAGACAUCUCCCAAGGAUAUGGUAGAUCUGUUUCGUUGGGAAUUUAGCCAACACAGUUCCCAGCGGCCAUUACUAUACUCUGACGUAUGGAAGUUUCACAAACCUGGUUCGGUUCCGUUGCGUGAAGAUUGGGACGGCGGCCGUUUUGAUGCUUUUGAUCCACCACCUGACCUCCUCGUUGAAUCAUCCGAGCAGUGCGGCCGUGUCUGUGCCGAGGACCGCAGCUGUCUACAGUGGAAAUGGGAGGGGGGGGAUCAAAAGAGAUGCAUCUUGCUAGGGUCAUUGCAGCAUGGAAGGAAGCGUAAUAAAGAAAAGGGCAGCAAUGACCAGGAGACAUGGGUCACGUUUACAUCAGGAUGGGUUAAGGAGCAUAUUAGGGAAUGGAAGGAAAGGCAAGACUGCAGUAAUAUUAAAUGGUUAGGGGCUAGUAUAGAAAGAAAGCUAUAA